CUUGCAUUCGUCUCUCUGUCACUGGACGGUCUCCACAGGCAGCCUGCUAUCAAUGUGUAACCAAGCAGGUAGACUUUGCCCUGAAGGGGAACCAACGCUACAGGAAGAGCAGCAGAGCAGAUUCCUGGCCGUCACAGCAGAGUAGAAUGGACAAAACUAAUGGCAGCAGCAAUGGUGGAUAUGUGUCUCACCCUCCUCCAUACAACCCUCACGACCAUGGAGAGAGUGCUUACACAGGGGUGAGCUAUCAGGUGGGGAAAGGCAAUGUUGCAGUGGUCUCGCCCCCUGGCACCUAUAGCAACAUGGUGAAUCCCGAGGGAGCGGCAGCGGCCGGAGGAAACCAGCAGUAUGGUGAAGCUCCACCUGUCUACUCUUAUGGCUCAGAGGAUAGCGGCUUCAGUGACGCUGCCAUAAGAAGAGGUUUCAUAAGGAAAGUUUACUUGACCUUGAUGAUUCAGCUGCUGGUGACUGUCGGGAUCAUCUGUGCUUUUCUUUUCUGGGACACUCUCAGGGAAUGGGUAUGGCACAACAACUGGUUCUCCUACUGCAUGAUGGCAGCGGUGAUGGUGCUCAUCGUGGCCUUGUCCUGCUGUGACAACCUCCGUCGUCAAGUUCCCCUCAAUUUCAUCGCCCUGGGCCUGUUUACUGUCGCAGAGGGCCUGAUGCUUGGAUCUGUGGCAGCGAACUUUGAUGCCGAGGCAGUUCUGUGGGCUGUGGGGGCAACAGCGGUGGUGUCCUUUGCCUUGAGUCUGUUUGCUAUGCAGUCGAAGUGGGACUUCACUGCAGCAAAUGGGAGCCUGUGGGUGUUUGCCUGGACCCUCGUUUCAUUUGCAUUACUUUGUGCAAUCCUCCGAUCUCAGUAUCUUAACAUCAUGUACGCCUGCCUGGGAACCUUGCUGUUUUCCUUAUACUUGGUGUUUGAUACACAGCUUAUCCUGGGUGGGAAACACAGGAAGUAUGAAGUGUCUCCUGAGGAGUAUGUGUUUGCUGCUCUGAACCUCUAUUUGGACAUUGUCUCUCUGUUCCUGCUCCUGCUCCAGCUCAUCGGCCUCUGCCGCUGACACCGCACCUCCAUGACAGACAUCACAAAAGCCGCACUGAAAGACUCCUACUCCAUUUAAAUAUCCAACUGUACAACAAAAGUUCAACAUGUAUGUAGACUCGUACUGAAUUAAGAUUGACAACCCAAUUGAGGCUCACAACACGUGCACUCAUAUUUAAGUAUGAAAAGAUAGCUAUGAUGUAUUCAAGAUAAAGUUCUUCGCUUAAUAUUCAUUUCUAUUAAAUUUAACUUAACUAUU